ACUCAAAAUAAAAUUUUGUAUCUGUUAUGUAAAAUAUACGUAACAUUAAAUAAUCAGGUGUCUGACCAGUUGUAUAGAGAAAUGGAUCUAUUGUUGCUUAAGGGAAUUCUUUUAAUGAUAUCAGAUGCAGGUUUGUGUAAAACAGUUUUUAAAACCUCUUCAACGGCUGGCAAAAUUAACUUAUCUCCGAUAGUAUGCGGUUUUCCCGGAUUUUGCUAUAAGUAACGAGAUAUUGUAAGACGCCCGCAAACCAUCAUCAUUUCUUUGUGACGUCGAAGCGAACAUUCUGUCCAGUGUAG